AUGAUGGAGGAGUUAUUGCGGAGUUACAGUCAGCCGGAUCAUGCAUCAUCAUGUCUGAUGUCGGUCAUAAAGUUUGUUAGUGGUUACUCUCGUGAUCAUCGUUUGAUUAAGUUAACGCAUUUAUUUUGGGAAUGUUUACCUGACCAAGAUUCGUCGUUAACAUUGUUGAUAUCACAGUUGAUUCGUAAUGAAUUGCAGAGUCCGAAUGAGUAUGUACGAGGUGCUUGUCUUCGUAACUUGUCGAAAAUUUUCAGUUCUGAGAUUUUGCGUACAGUUGAUGAGGUCAUUUUGGAGAACUUGGCGCAUAGUCACGGCUAUGUUCGGCGUAAUUGUUGUCUAUGUAUAGCAUCGUUAGGCUCGCGGUUUCCAGGUGUGUUUGAUGAUGCUAUACCGACGUUGAUCAAUAUGGCGUUGUAUGAUGAUGAUAAGUCAGCACAGCAGCAUGCUAUGCGAGCUGUAAGUGUCUUGAGCGUGGAAACGGCUUAUGAAAAGUUUAUAGCGGACCAAAAGAACAAAAAUAUUACGGUGAAUCCUGACGUUUAUUAUGUGGCCCUCAUAGAGCUCAUCACCCUCUGUUGGGAAAAAACUAAGGCCUUCCCACCUCGAAUUGAACUCGUCAAACUCAUCGAUAAAAAUUGCCUCCUACUCCGCCUCCGAGAUAUACUCGAAAGCACCGGAUCGAAUGCCGUCAGACUCAGUGCAAUCAAGGCUAUAGUCUGGCUCUCAUCUAAACCUGAAGAUCUCUUUGCUGCUGCCAAAGCGUGUGUUGAUAUACUCAACACGCACACCAACCAAGACGUCAAACACCAUGUACUAUCUCUCCUCGCUCAAAUCGAAUCCUCUCAACCAGAAGUUAUUGAACACAUUGCAAUCGACGUCUUACGAACGAUUGAAUCGUCUUCUACGGAUUUGACUGACAAGGCCAUUACCUUGGCGGUGCCCCACGUGACGGUGGCGACAGUGAGUAGCGCAUUGGAGAUUCUAAAGGGGCAGUUAUUGAGUGGAUCGAAGAAGGGUUUAUUGCUGAAAGGAAUGCGUCAGUUAUGUGGGCGGUAUCCUGCUGUAGCUUUGGGCGUGAUUGAUUUGUUGUUGGAUUAUUUAUCGGAGCAUCAAAGUUCAGAGGUAAUAUCCUUAGUGCGAGAGUUGAUAGUUUGUUCAAAAAUUUCGGAGCAGAGUCGUGAGAACAUUGUAUGUCGUCUUACGGAUUGUUUGGUUGAACGAGAAGUUCAUGCAGACACAGUAGAACAGUGUGUUUAUCUGGUAGGAGAAUUCGCGCGCAGCACACGUAGCGCCGCGUUAUUCAUUCACAAAUUAAUCGAUGCACUUAGCCCAUUACCAUUCCCCGAUCUACAUGGUAACUCAACAGAACAAACAGACUCCCCCAAAGUCGUUGUCAAAACAGUCAUCCUACCGGAUGGCAGUUAUGGAACCGAAAACAUUCUCGUGGAUGAAGGCAAAACAACUGGACUCCGUAAAAGCAUUAUUAGCGAUCUUGAAAAUACAAACUUACUAUCAAUCAUUGGACUCGCCGUCUGUAAAAUUGUACUCUCCAAUCCGGAAGUUUUCGAAACUGAACCGGAGUUAUUUCAUCAGAGUGUUCUGAUAGUAGCGUCAUUAUACAAGUUAUCCCAGCAAAACGGUGAGUUGGGGAAAAAGAAUUUGAUAGAGAAGAGAUUGGGUAAAGUGUUGAAUGUGUUAUGCCGAUGCGGUAAAGAAUGUGAGAAGAUAUGUCGUGGAAUGGAUGAGAGUUUAAUAGAACUGGUUAUGGGUGAGAGAGAAACGGAUCGAUUGGAGGAUAUGAGAUGUGUGAUGACUGUAGGAGAAGAUGUAGUAGUGGAUAAUGAGUUGAGUGAUGAGAUUGUAUUUUUCCAAUCUUAUGAUGGUUUGAAUCAGUUUAAUCCAGGAGCUAGUAAGCAGGCAAGUUUGCAGGGUAAGCAGUCGUUGAGUACAAGCCUGGGUACAAGCCUGGGUACAAGCCUAGGUGGUUAUGGAAAAGCGAUUCCUCUAUCUGGAUAUAGUGAUCCGAUAUAUGUUGAAGCUUAUAUACGGAUGAAUCAUUUGGAUUUGAUAUGUGAUAUGUUGCUACAUAAUCAGACAGAUGAAACGUUGGGUAAUGCUACGGUAAAUUUAGGGACCCAUGGAGAUCUAAAAAUAUUGGAUGUACCCAAGUCCAUUCAUCUUCAGCCUGGAGAGAGCGGAAUGAUAUCUGCCACCAUUCGAUUGUCAAGUACUGAAGCUGGCCUAAUGUUCGGCUUUUGUGUAUAUGAAAGGGCCAUUGAAAAGAAUCAUUUUCCUCUAUCAGAACUUCAAGUGGAUUUGUUAGACUGCCUGGAAACAUCCUGGAUUGGUAAUACAACCUUCAGAAGGCUUUGGACCGAAUUCGAAUGGGAGAACAAAAUCGCAAUAUCAGUACCAUGUAAUGAUUCCAGUAAGGACUGUCUAACCUUUCUGGAGAUGCUACUGAAACAAUCCAGAAUGACCAUUGUUGGAAUUAAAGGUGAUUACGAGCUAUUGAUCAAUAGUCUUAACCAAAAACGUAACAAUAAAUAUAUUAAAGAAAUACUCGAUAAUGAAGCCAUCAGACUCAUGGCUUCCAACGGAGUCUUUGCUGUCAAUUUCUGCACUCGAUCAAUCUUCGGAGAGGAUGCACUGGUCAAUCUUUCUCUGGAACUCCAAAACAAAAAAAUUGUCGGAACUACUCGCAUCAGGUCACGGACACAAGGUAUAGCUUUAUCCCUUGGAGACAGGGUCUCCCAAUCACAAAGAGCUUUCGCCGCCCAACUGGCAUGCCGUAGUCUUACGUGUGCUGCUUAA